CGCCGCGGUUUCAAGAUGGCUGCCCCCAGGAGCUGCGGGCUGUGGCGCCAGGGCCGCGGCGGGUGGUGGCGGGCAGCGGCGGGCUGCAGGCUCCCCGGGUCGCACAGGCCCUGGCCCCGAGCCUCGCCCAGCGCGCGGCCCCUGUCCCACGAGCGGCCAGCCGCGGAAACGCACUUCGGGUUCGAGACUGUGUCGGAGGAGGAGAAAGCGGGCAGAGUCUAUCAGGUGUUCGAGAGUGUAGCCAAGAAGUAUGACGUGAUGAAUGAUAUGAUGAGUCUCGGCAUCCAUCGAGCUUGGAAAGAUUUGCUGAUCCAGAAAAUGCACCCACUGCCUGGGACCCAACUGCUCGAUGUGGCUGGAGGUACAGGCGACAUUGCCUUCCGGUUCCUUAGUUAUGUGCAGAAACAGCACCAGAGAAAACGGAGGAGACAGUUACGGGCCCAGCAGAAUUUAUCCUGGGAAGAAAUUGCCAAAAGGUACCAGAAUGAAGAUGAUCCCUUGGGAGGCUCCCUUGUCACGGUCUGUGACAUCAACAGGGAGAUGCUAAAGGUCGGGAAGCAGAAAGCCUUGGACCAAGGACACACAGCUGGACUUGCCUGGGUACUGGGAGAUGCUGAAGAGAUGCCCUUUGAUGAUGACCAAUUCGACGUGUACACCAUUGCUUUUGGGAUCCGGAAUGUCACACACAUUGACCGGGCACUCCAGGAAGCACAUCGGGUCCUAAAGCCAGGAGGACGGUUUCUCUGUCUGGAGUUUAGCCAAGUGAACGAUCCCCUCAUAUCCAGGCUUUAUGAUCUGUACAGUUUCCAGGUCAUCCCUGUCAUUGGAGAGGUCAUUGCAGGAGACUGGAAGUCCUAUCAGUACCUUGUGGAAAGUAUUCGGAAGUUCCCUAAUCAGGAAGAGUUCAAGGAGAUGAUUGAAGAUGCAGGCUUUCAGAAGGUGACCUAUGAAAGCCUGACCUCUGGGAUUGUGGCCAUUCAUUCUGGGUUCAAACUGUAGCUUCCUUCUGUCGUGCAGCACAAACCAGUCCUGCCGAGGCCUGGAAAUGGAAAAGACUCUCCCUGACGAGACAGUCUGAGCGUCUACUUCAUCUUAGGCUCUAACACCUUGGACUCUGUCUGCAUUGACCAGUCUGGAAAAGGAAGGCACAAACCCUUGCCAUUUUUUGCAGCUCAUUAGCAGCUGCACAGGUGGCCUUUGGCCUUCUUUCUCCCAGGAGGGUCUGGCCUGGUUUUGUUGAACUCCCACUAACAAUCGUCUGUGCACUGUGGAGUCAGAUAGAAGCAGCACUCACAGUUCUGAAGCUUCCUGGUAGCAUCUCUAUCACAGAUGCGUUCCAGAGGGAUAAUGGAUCCCUGGAAGCUCAGGAUGGUCUGAACCAGCCCUUCAUCCAAGGCCGACAAUUAGAAACUUGGGCUGGCGAGGUGCUGAUGGCGAGCACAUUAGAACCCGGGCCCAGGGUGUAGCUCAGCAGCAGAGCACGUGCUUAGCCUGGCAAGGCCCUGGGUUUGGUGUGAAGCAGUAAAGCUUAUAGUUUGGGUGCUGUUUGCUUCUCUUUCUUGGAGGAGACACAAAGGCAUUACAUCAGUGUCCUGUCAGGGCUCAGUCACCAAGACACCGUCCUCAGUGUCCAUCAUCAGGAGAGUCAGUGCUAAGCCUUGGUAAACAGCUCGUCAGAAUACAUUUAUACAUGCUUACAGCAAAAAGGGAAAGGAAGGGACAAGGUUGGGGACCCUGUAGGAGCUGUCACCCCCUGCUCUUGCAAACCCAGUUUGGUUUCCAGCACCCACACGGUGUUCACAAUCACCUGUAACUCAUGCUAGGGGGCCCAGUGCCCUCUUUCAACUUCUGUGGGUGCUGUGCACACGCAUACAUGCAAGCAGUUAUACACACACAGUAAAAUAAAUGUAAGCUAAGAAGUACAUGUAUGUGUGAGUCCUGACUGUGGCACAAAACUGCACUGUCAGCACGCAGGUGCGGGACUACCGCAAGCCAACCCUGCCAGCUAGAGCUGUGU